AUGUCCUCACCAAUCGUGGACGAACUGCUUCGCAGGAACAAAGAGUAUGCAGACUCAGUCCACAAACCAUUGCCCUUGCUACACGGCUCCGACGGCAAGCUGCGACAAGGUAGUAGGGCAGUCAUCGGUCAGUACCACUUUCCCUCACAACGAAGACCUCGCAAGAGCGAUAGCACGAUGGCUCAUACAUAUGACCGUCUUUCAGUGACCUGCGCAGAUCCCCGGAUCAUCCCAGAGUCCUUCCUGGGCUUUCGCCUGCCAAACAACUCCCCAAUGGGACGUCUCGAACUCACGACAAGUACCUACCUAGCUAUACCAGUAAUCCGAGUCAUCGGCGGCCGCGCAAUCCACGCCAUCGAGAAUAUCGUGGGGCUUGAUGCUGCUUUUGGUGUUGACACGGUCGUUCUGGUGCAUCACAAGGAUUGCGGCUUGACGCACUUUGAUGAAGCCAGGCUCAAGGCGACGCUGAGAAAAAGGUUUCCGGAGCAGGGUGCGAUGAUCGAGACGAUUGCUUUUGGGGCGAUUGGGAAGCUCGGUCAAAGUUUGGUCGACGAUGCGGUAUUCAUCAAGCAGCACCCGCUUGUCAGGGGGGAGGUCGUUGUUAAGGGCUUUAUGUACGAUAUUGAGGGUGGGUUGUUGGAGGAGGUUGUGUAG